AUAUUUUAUAUAUAACUUUCUUUUUAUUUUUUCUGAAAAAGCAAGCAUGAAAUCUUUUAUUCUUGGGAAAAGGAGAUUCCCAAAAUCAAAAGAAAUGGAAAAUAAAUAAAAAUACUAAAGGAACAGCCGUGAAUGAACAUUGCAUUUACUCAUCAAUCAGGGGGAAAAAAAACAGCUAAAGGAAAAUUUACAAGUCUAAAAAGAUCAAAAGGAUCAGUUUUGCCGCCUUCAUCUUCUUCAAUGGUUUCAUUUACACAGUUUUGUAUACUGUAUUUCUACUUUAUUGCCUCUGUUGUAUCCCAAGUUUCAGAGUUUAUCAGUAUAGAUUGUGGAAGCACAAGUAAUUACACUGACCCUAGUACUGGACUUUCAUGGAGUUCAGACAUGGAUAUCAUGAAACAUGGGAGACAAGUGAAGGUCGAAAACCCGAACGGGAACUCGAUGCAGUUUCAAACUCGAAGAGACUUCCCUUCGGACAACAAGAAGUACUGUUACAAUUUGAGCACCAAGGAGAGAAGAAGGUACCUUGUUCGUGCAACCUUUCAGUAUGGGAGCCCUGCGAAUGUAGAUGCAUAUCCCAAAUUCGAAAUUUAUCUAGAUGCAACUCAGUGGGCAACCGUGACAAUUCAGGAUGGCUCCAGGAAAUAUGUGAAUGAAAUGAUCAUAAGGGCUCCUUCAGAUUCCAUUGAUGUUUGCAUAUGCUGUGCAACAACUGGUUUUCCUUUCAUUUCCACUCUUGAGCUUCGGCCCUUGAAUCUUUCCAUGUAUGCAACAGAUUAUGAGGGUGAUUUCUUCUUGAAUGUUGCAGCAAGAGUGAAUUUUGGUGCUUUAACUAAGGAUUUAGUGAGGUACCCAGAUGAUCCAUAUGACAGAUUUUGGGAGUCUGAUCUUGAUAGGAGGCAAAAUUUUCUUGUAGGAGUGGCACCUGGAACAGCAAGAAUCAGCACUUCGAAGAAUGUUGAUAUAAGAACCAGAGAAUAUCCGCCUGUUAAAGUGAUGCAAACAGCAGUUGUGGGCACUGAAGGAGAGCUUAGCUACAGGUUGAACCUCGAAAGGUUCCCAGCCAAUGCUCGAGCCUAUGCGUACUUUGCUGAAAUUGAAGAUUUGGCUCCGAAUGAAACCCGUAAAUUCCAACUGCGAGAACCUUACAUCCCUGAUUAUAGCAAUGCUGUGGUGAACAUAGCUGAGAAUGCCAACGGAAGCUACACGCUAUAUGAACCGAGUUAUAUGAACGUCACCCUCGAUUUCGUUCUGUCAUUCACCUUUUCCAAGACAAAUGAUUCCACUGAAGGACCACUCCUUAAUGCAAUGGAGAUAAGCAAAUACCAGCAGAUUGCUGCCAAAACCGAGAGGCAAGAUGUGACUGCUCUCAAUGCCAUUCGCAAUAUGUCCGCUGAAAGCGUUUGGGCGAAUGAAGGAGGUGAUCCUUGUGUUCCUACUAAUUGGGAAUGGGUAAAUUGCAGCCCAACACCACCACCAAGAAUAACAAAAAUUGCACUGUCAGGACGGAAUCUGAAGGGCCAAAUUCCAUCUGAGAUUAAUCACAUGGAGGAAUUGACUGAGUUGUGGUUGGACUUCAACUCCUUAACAGGGCCACUCCCUGAUAUGAGUAACCUUAUCAAUCUGGAAAUUCUUGCUUGCAGACAUCUGGAGAACAAUAAACUUAGCGGUUCACUACCUUUGUACCUCGGUCGUUUGCCUAACUUGCAAGCAUUGUACAUACAGAACAACUCGUUUUCUGGGGAAAUUCCUGCAGCACUGCUGAGCAAGAAAAUAAGUUUCAACUAUGAAGGUAAUCCUGGACUACAUAAUGAGGCACAGAGAAAACUGCGUUUUAAGUUGAUACUUGGGGCCUCAAUUGGAGUGCUGGCAGUUUUAUUAAUUCUUUUCUUGGGAAGUUUAAUAUUGUUGCGCAAUUUCCGAGGGAAGAUGUCUCACCAAAAAUGCGAUGAAAAUGGUAACUCCACGCAACCAGGCACCAAACAAUCAACAGCAUGUUCAAUAGCACGGGGUGGGCAUUUACUGGACGAAGGUGUGGCAUACUGCAUCUCACUGUCUGAUCUAGAAGAAGCAACUAACAACUUUACCAAAAAGAUAGGGAAAGGAAGUUUUGGAUCUGUCUACUAUGGCAAAAUGAAAGAUGGAAAAGAGGUUGCAGUCAAGACUAUGGCUGAUUCAUCAAGCCACUUGAAUAAGCAAUUUGUGACUGAGGUUGCCCUCUUAUCAAGAAUUCAUCAUAGAAACUUGGUUCCUCUAAUUGGAUACUGCGAAGAAGCUCAUCAACGGAUAUUAGUUUACGAAUAUAUGCACAAUGGAACUUUGAGGGAUCACAUACAUGGUUCAGUCAACCAGAAGCCCUUGGAUUGGCUUGCUCGUUUAAAAAUUGCAGAAGAUGCAGCUAAAGGCCUUGAGUACUUGCACACUGGCUGCAAUCCCAGUAUCAUUCACCGAGAUGUUAAAACAAGCAACAUUCUUCUAGACAUUAACAUGAGAGCAAAAGUGUCCGAUUUCGGACUUUCGAGGCAAGCUGAAGAAGAUUUAACCCAUGUAUCAAGUGUGGCACGAGGAACAGUUGGUUACCUAGAUCCUGAAUACUAUGCAAGUCAACAAUUGACUGAAAAGAGUGAUGUUUAUAGUUUCGGGGUUGUUCUUCUGGAACUUAUCUCCGGAAAGAAACCGGUAUCAGUAGAAGAUUUUGGUCCUGAACUGAACAUUGUUCACUGGGCAAGAUCCUUAAUACGCAAAGGUGAUGUAAUAAGCAUUGUAGAUCCAUUUCUGGUAGGAAAUGUGAAAAUAGAGUCAAUCUGGAGGAUUGCAGAAGUGGCUAUUCAAUGUGUCGAACAGCAUGGAUACUCCCGGCCCAAGAUGCAGGAAAUCAUUUUGGCGAUACAAGAUGCAAUGAAGAUAGAGAAAGGGGAUGAGGGCAAUGCAAAGUUAGCUUGUGGUAGUUCCAGGGGCCAAUCUUCCAGGAAAACUUUGCUUGCUAGCUUUCUUGAAAUUGAGAGUCCUGAUUUGUCAAAUGGUAGCCUAGUCCCAUCUGCUAGAUGAUUUUGUAGCUCAACCUGCUGAUAUCUUUGGAGUAUGAUGAAUCUCAAUGCCGUUUAACACUUGGCUUGUAUAUUUGGAAUGUAAACAACUGUAACACCUGCUUUUAGAUGUGCAAAACUAUAUGGAAAUAGAACCCGGGAUUUAGAUAUCCAAAACCAUAACACGUGUGGGUUUCAAUUCUAACUUUUACUACCCUUUCUUGAUUCUUAAGUUAUAGUCUUCGUUUUGUACCAAGAAAACAUAUGGAAAUAAAAGAAAGUAUUUUUAGGUAAGAGAA